GUUAUCUCUGGAUUGAAGCUUACACGAUCACUUGAUUCAAACCAGAUUCUACCGAAUGAAUGUCUCAAUUGCCUAGUAGAACUCCUCGAGGACACUAAUAUAAACGCAUCUUUAACCUUGUCUGUGGUUGCUUUGCUGUCACAGCUAGCUUUAGACAAUGAGACUAGAAGAGUUCUUCAGGAUACCUACAAUCUGACCAGUGUGCUGGCAGGAGUGGUUCGUCAAAGUUCUGCUAAUCUUAGAGAUCCAGUCUUAUUACAGAGUAUUCAGUUGCUACAGAAGCUAACCUACAAUGUUCCAGUCUUUUGUGUUGGUGCCAACAUCAGCGGAUUAAUUUCAUUUCUAAUGCAUCACGUUCAAUCCACUGAAGAUGAGUUAACCAUACCGUGUUUAGGACUCCUGGCAAAUCUCUGUCGUCACAACUUACAUAUUCAAACUUGGAUAAAAUCUUUGAACAAUGUGAAGAGUUUCUAUCGUACCUUAAUAAGUUUCCUCGCCCAUAGUAGUUUGACUAUGGUUGUGUUUGCACUUUCAGUAUUAUCAAGCCUUACUUUAAACGAAGAAGUAGGAGAAAAACUCUUUCAUGCUCGAAAUAUCCAUCAGACGUUUCAGUUAAUAUUCAAUAUUGUUGUAAAUGGAGAUGGUACUUUAACAAGAAAAUACUCUGUUGAUCUACUCGUGGAUCUUCUGAAGAACCCAAAAGUUGCAGAUUAUCUUACCAGAUAUGAGCACUUUAAUUCAUGCCUUGGUCAAGUAUUAGAUCUUCUUCAUGGAAGGGAUCCCGAUUCAUCAUCUAAGAUCUUAGAACUGCUGCUUGCCUUCUGUUCUGUGAUAGAGCUGCGUCAUACCCUGCAGCAGGCAAUACUGGAACCAUCUGGCUUGCCGGUCUCUGGAAAUACCAGAUUUGUGACUUGCUCAAAGACUUUUGAACCAUCUGUUGCAUUGGUGCACUUGUCAAACCAGGCCCUGGAAGGCUCUGAAGACUGUGCAGUUCUAGCAUUACAACUAUUCAAAGAGAUUUUUGAGGAUGCUAUUAAUACUGGGAACAGUGCCUCAGCUGAACAAUUAGUGGAUCUUUUGCUGCCUGUUCUUCUUGAUCAUCUUCAGAUAACAGAAGAAAUUGUGGAUGAGCUAUUAUUGAAGAAAAAGUGUGAAAGAAUGGUCAAGGCUAUUAAUGUCCUGACAAUGCUCUGUAGAGAUGACAUACUGAAAAUACAUGCCUCAAAGGUACUGACUGCUAGCCAGUGUAUGUCUCUAAUAGAACAUCAAUUUACCUACAGUGUGAUUGACACUGGUUUUCGGACAAAAGCAGUGGACACUAAAAUGUGCAAACUUGCUGCUGAUAUUAUUUUGAAAACACUUGAUCUUAUGAGCAGACUGAAGCAGGAUGUGUCUGGUAUGGAGGUCAGCUUCUACAAAAUUUUACAGGAUCAACACUUGAUUGCACCUUUGACGUUUGCAUUAACAUCAGAUCAUAGAGAUCAAGUCCAAGUGGGACUUCGAAUACUGUUUGAGGCUGCACCCUUACCAGAUUUUCCUGCCAUAAUGCUUGGUGAAAGCAUUGCGGCAAAUAAUGCUUACAGACAACAAGAAAUGGAGCAUACAUCAAAAAGAAUCCAAAUGCAGUUACCUGUGACUGGCAUUCCUUCGGUGACAUGUUCUUCAUCCUGUCCCUCAAGUGAUGAGUCUACAACUUCACAUAUCCAGGAAUUAAUAAAAAAACUUGAAUCUGCACUAGAGAUGAAGCCAAUCACUGGUUUGAGGAUAUCUGACAUAAUGGAGGUCUAUGAGCAAAAGCUGUUGGCAUUAGCAUCUAAAGAAACUAGGCUGCAAGACCUUUUGGAAGCAAAGGCACUAGCUCUGGCUCAGGCUGAUAAGCUGAUGGCUCAGUACCAAUUUCAAAGAACCCAGGCUGAGGCUGAGGCAAGAACUCUCGCUGCAAUGUUAAAGGAUGCAGAACGAAAAAAUGAAGAACUUAAUGAUUUGCUGAAAGCUCAACAGGUAGAAUCUGAAAGAGCAGAGACUGAUAUUGAACAGCUCUUUAAGCACAACAGGAAAUUACAAAAUGUUGCUGAAGAACAUGAAAUACUGAAAAAAUCAUAUGUUGAUCUUCUUCAGAGGUAAGACAUGUAA